CACUUUACCUUUAAAGCUUAAACAUCAUCACAAGAUCACACAAUGGCUAUUGAAAUUACCUCUGAUUCUGACAUGCCAAAAUGUCUAAACACUAAACAAAAGCAGAUAAAGAAGGCACUAGAGCUAGCAUCCUCUCAUUUUUCCACUACUGCCAAGGAGGCACACAGCCCAGACAUCCAAGGGUUCUUCAGCAGAACAAUGAUCGUAACACUAAAGACCGGUGAGAAGCUUGUCAUCCAAUUUCGGCUCGAGCAACUAGACAUGGAGCCUUUCAAAAUUGCUCGUCAAAUACUAGGGCCGGUCGUACCCGAAAUCGGUCUCAUAGCAAAUGAAAAGCUUGAGCGUGAUGGUAUAUGGACUUACUGGAUGACGUAUAUGCCGGGCAAGAUAUGGAUGGACAGCGCAGCCGGCCGCAUGUCAGCAAUUCGAGUCGUCACCAAUCGUUCCUUGGGCAGGAUACUAUCUCGGGGACUUAUCGAGGGAAGCAAUAGCGAAGCCGUCGUGAAGACGAAACUUCGGCCCCAUCUCGAGCUCAUCCUUUCCUCGAAUGACGACCAGAUCCGCCAGUUUUAUCAUAUGGGAAGCGACUUGCUGGGAAAGCUAGAUCGGCUAGAGCAUCUCCCAUUGUUCGUUUCUCACUUUGACCUCAACGAGGUCAACAUCCUCCUUGACGAGAAUUGCGAGGUAUCUGGCAUCAUCGACUGGGAGCUCUCCCAACCCCUGCCCUUUGGCAUGGGUCUCUGCCGCAUCCACACCUUUGCCGGCGAAUUCGCAGAGAGAAAAUUCUACAUGCCGCCCGAUUUUGAUGCCUCGGAGCGGGGAUUUUGGGAGGAAAUCUACAAUGGCGCCCCACAGGUCAUCCGCACCCUCUUGGACACCAAUGGGGAAGUCGUCCAGAUAGCACUCAUGCUCGGGACACUGCUGGAUGCAUUUCAGCUGGAUGAUGAUAGGAUAAAGCUGGGGCCGUACAAUCCCGUGGUGGUGGCGGCGCUACCCAAGUUUUUCUCCUACCGGAUUCCCUUUGUGCGAGGCGCUGAACCACCGUAUUCAAUCUGAGACUAAGAUCAUAAGAAGGCUAAAAAUGCACAAAGUAUCAUUUUUCUGGACGACGGCCAAGACAACUGGGUGAUUUAUUAGCUUACGGUCAGGCAUUAAAGACAGCCUCGAAUCAUUGUGUUUGCACUCAAGCUUCAGAGGGACGUAGUCGGUCAACCGC